GGGAGGGCGGCGAGGGGCGGGUGUCGUGGCGAUCGCCGGGCGGCGGCGAUGCUGGAGAAUGGCUCACUGAGGAACUGCUGCGACCCGGGCGGGAGGGGUCGCUUCGGCUCGGCCGAACGGGAGGAGGCAGCAGGCUCCCCGCGGCCCGCCUGGGUGGUGUCGGCUCUCUCCAGCGUGCUGAUCUUCACCACGGUGGUGGACAUCUUGGGCAACUUGCUGGUCAUCGUCUCCGUCUUCAAGAACCGCAAGCUCAGGAACUCAGGUAAUGCCUUUGUGGUGAGCUUGGCUUUGGCUGAUCUGGUCGUGGCCUUGUAUCCAUACCCACUGGUGCUCUUAGCUAUUUUCCACAAUGGGUGGACUUUGGGUGAAAUGCACUGUAAAGUGAGUGGCUUUGUGAUGGGACUAAGUGUAAUAGGCUCUAUUUUCAACAUCACUGCAAUUGCAAUAAACCGAUAUUGCUAUAUAUGUCAUAGCUUUGCCUAUGACAAAGUGUAUAGCUGUUGGAACACAAUGCUCUACGUCUCCUUAGUCUGGAUAUUAACAGUAAUUGCAACUGUACCAAAUUUUUUUGUUGGCUCUUUAAAGUAUGAUCCACGCAUCUAUUCAUGCACGUUUGUUCAGACUGCAAGCUCCUACUACACCAUAGCUGUUGUGGUAAUUCAUUUCAUCGUCCCUAUCACCAUUGUGAGUUUCUGCUACCUUCGAAUUUGGGUUUUAGUGCUUCAAGUUAGAAGACGAGUCAAGUCAGAAACAAAGCCGAGACUGAAGCCAAGUGACUUCAGAAACUUUCUUACCAUGUUUGUGGUUUUUGUGAUUUUUGCCUUUUGCUGGGCACCUCUGAACUUCAUAGGACUGGCUGUAGCCAUCGAUCCUUUGGAAAUGGCACCAAAAGUUCCUGAAUGGUUAUUCAUUGUAAGCUACUUCAUGGCCUAUUUCAACAGCUGCCUUAAUGCAAUAAUAUAUGGACUUCUUAACCAGAAUUUUCGAAAUGAAUACAAACGAAUUUUAAUGUCACUGUGGAUGCCAAGGCUUUUCUUCCAGGACACAUCCAAAGGAGGAACUGAUGGUCAGAAGAGCAAGCCUUCUCCUGCUUUAAAUAACAAUGACCAAAUGAAAACUGAUACUUUGUAAGUGUGUGAUAGUCAAUGCAAGAGUCUGUCAUUGAGAGCUCCAAUAAUAUAGUUGUAAUGUUCUCAUCUUUCAUGCUUGCUUGGGGGUUUCCAUUUGGGUAGCACUUUGUGAUAGUAAUAUCAUCUUCUUGAUAAAGCACAUUGCUCUCAGUUCAGAAUUUAUACAAGAUAUCAAUUAAAAAUACAUUUCAAAAUUAAAGCAACAAGUGAGUGCAAGUUGUUUUAGUUCUGAGAGCUGAAUUCUGCUCCAAGACAUGAGGAAUUUUUUUCUCCAGUAGGAGCUUUAUGUGCUUUAUCCAAGGUCAGGAUUCAGGUGUUACAAGGUGCAGUGAAGGUGCUUGCCUAUGGGGACACCAGCUUGUCAAAGAUGCAGAGUUGUAUUCUCCUUACUAUUUUAACUGAACAGAGCCAGGCUCUUUUCAGUGGUGCCCAUAGCCAGGACAAGAGGCAAUGGGCACAAACUGACACACAGGAGAUUCCUUCUGAACACCAGGAAGCACUUCUCUACUGUGUGGGUGACAGAGCAGAGGCAUAGGCUCCCCAGGAAGGCUGUGGAAUCUCGCUCCCUGAAGAUCUUCAAA